AUGGCUGCGGCACGCCUGGCGGCCGCCCUCCUGGCGGCGCUCGUCGGCCUCAACGUGCUCUCUGGGCCGAGCUUCGUGUCGGGCCCGGCCGUCCAGCAGCAGCGCGAGGCAUCUGUGUCCGUGGGCGUCCUGAGAAACAACCAGUUCGAGGACAUGACCGCCUACGACGCGCCCAGGCGCAAGCCGAACUUCAACGGCAUCCGCACGGGCCUGAGCGAUCUGCUGAAGCCCCUCAACAGCGAGUACGGCGUGACCGCCAAGGAGGACAGCCCCGCCACGUACGUCGUGCUGGUGUUUGCGAUCGUGAUGCUGUUCCUCUUCUACACGCUGCUUCUGCUGAUCAACAACCAGUCCGUCCUGCUCCCGCCGGAGGACGAGUUCGACGAAUAUGUUGCAAACUUCCUCCCGUAUUUCUUCUUCGGCGAGAGGUAA